AUGAUCCAGGAAAGAAACCUGGGAGAGGGAGCAUGUUGGCUUCCCGCGCUGUACUUGAAGACAGCAUUACGUGCCGAGGCUAACAUUGUCAUCAACCUUGGAAGUCUGCCUACUUUAAUCAAAAGAUCAAAAUUGGGGAACAGUAGCCCUGGUAUUCCACCAACCAACCUCAGAGCUUACUCUUCGCGUGUGCAAAACCUUCAACAAAGGUCCAGGGAUACAUUAUGGCGUACUUUUGUCGCAAGAAACACCAGUAACGAUGGUGUUCUGCCAGCUUGGCGAGAAAUACCAACAACCGUUCUGACGGAUCUCGAGGCCUCCACGGCACAAGUGAUAGGGAGCCCAAGGAGUCUCAUUGCUUCAGAAUGCCGAGCCCGGCUUGACUAUGACAACGGCCGAUCCAUCAUGUCAAGGCGCUUCUCCCCGCGAUCGCCUUUUGGACGGUUCGAAUAUUUUGCCGUUCCCUCUACCCCAUACGGGGUUUCGCCCGCGCAAAAUGCCAGCACAUGGCAAUCCAUUGAGGCCAAGCUGCAAUCAGCCUGCAGGACGACAUUUCAAGUCCUCUACAGUUGCGGACAUAGGGUUGGUUGUGUUUUCCGAAACAGACCUACAUCAUCAACUCCCUUCCUUGAAUCUACGAAGGUCGACAGCACUCAAGGGCAGGACAAGAUGGGUCUCUAUCAGAAGUUUACGCCAAAAAUUGGUGCCAUUGCGAAGAGCAAGGCGGAUGUGGAGGCUGCUCAAGCUGAGGCACCUCAUCUGGCACGUGUAGAUUGGAAAACGGAUCCCGGUUUACGAAAGCUGUACUUUUGGGCAUUCAUCAUUUGUAUCGCCUCUGCGACUACAGGUUACGAUGGUUCCAUGUUGAACAACCUCCGAAUCCUCGACAGGUGGACCAACUACUUCAAUGACCCCAAGGAGUCUACCCUCGGGCUCUUGACUGCGCUCUACUCCAUCGGUUCCAUCGCCUCGCUUCCCGUCACUCCCUUCAUUGCUGACCACUUUGGCCGUCGGUCUUGCAUAGCUUUGGGAUGCAUUAUCAUGAUCGUGGGCGCUUCCAUCCAGGCUGCCGCUAAGAACCUCGACUACUUCAUGGGUGGCCGUUUCUUGCUGGGUUUCGGGAAUUCGCUAGCCCAGCUUUCCUCGCCGCUUUUGCUCACUGAACUAUGUCAUCCCCAGCACCGUGCUCGUGUUACCGCCGUCUACAACUGCUUGUGGAACGUAGGUGCUAUUGUCUGCACGUGGUUGACAUUUGGCACCAAGCGCAUCGAAAACGACUGGUGCUGGCGUAUUCCUGCACUCACACAGGCUGCGCCUUCCGUCGUGCAACUUGCCUUCAUCUGGUUUAUCCCGGAGUCUCCGCGUUGGUUGAUCUCCAAGGAGCGGAAUGAGGAAGCUCUCAACAUACUCGCCAAGUACCACGCCAAUGGCGAUGCCAACAACGCCACAGUACAGUUCGAAUACGCCGAGAUCAAGGAGACUCUUCGCCUCGAGUUCCAGUAUCAGAAAACAUCUUCUUACUUUGAUUUCUUCAAGACCAAGGGCAACAGAUACAGACUCAUGCUUCUUGCAUCUCUCGGUCUCUUCUCGCAAUGGUCGGGAAACGGCUUGGUGUCCUACUACGCAACGGACGUCUAUAAAAGCAUUGGUGUUACCGAUGAUGAUACCCAGCUCGGUCUCAACGGUGGCCUCACCAUCCUUUCGCUAAUAGUCUCCGUUUCCUGCGCUCUACUUGUCGAUCGUGUCGGUCGUCGCCCACUUUUCAUGACUGCCACAGCCUCCAUGUGCGUCACCUUCGUUGUCUGGACAAUCGCAUCAUCACAGCAAGAAGCCAAGAAGAGCAAGUCCGCUGGCCAGACUGUGAUUGCUAUGAUCUGGAUUUUCUCUGUGGCAUAUGCGUUGGCCUGGUCUGGCCUCCUAGUCGCCUACACCGUUGAAAUCCUGCCUUUCAAGAUUCGUGCCAAGGGUCUUAUGAUCAUGAACUUCUUCAUUCAAGUUGCUCUGACCAUCAACCAAUACGUCAACCCGUACGGUUUCGAGUAUCUUCAUCCAACCUGGAAAUUCUACACCAUCUACGCUUGUUGGAUCUUCCUUGAACUCGUCUUCGUCACCGUGUUCUACGUCGAGACUCGUGGACCUACUCUCGAGGAGGUUGCCAAGAUAUUCGAUGGUGAUGAAGCUGAGGUUGCCCAUGUGGAUCUGGAGAAGGUUGAGGCCACUGUCAUGACCUCCGGAUACGAGAAAGACGAGAACGUUCGCGUUGAGCAAGUUCGCGGUCAGUCUUAG